GGACGUCACGGCAGAAGGACGUCACGCGAGUAGGAAUUAAUGGCAACUCUGACUUCUCUUGACUUCUGUCUUUUCCAGGAACUCUGCGUCAGGACUCCGACCCCAUUCUUGAAGAAAAGAGAAAGGUAGAAAAGAUGGUGGCUGAUUGCCUGACAAAUUGUUACCAGGUCUCAGUAACUUUUGAUGAUGUGGCUGUGGACUUCACCCAAGAAGAAUGGAUUUUAUUGGAUCAAGCUCACAGAGACCUCUACAGAGAGGUGAUGCUGGAGAAUUACCAGAACCUGGCCUCAGCAGGAUGUGAGGUCAUCAAACCCAGUCUGAUCUCCUGGUUGGAGGAAGAGGAUUUGCACAGAGAAGAUCUCCAAGAAUGGGAAAUGCCACUUGGCACCCAAGAGUCAACAUUGCAUCAGGAUUUUUUGAGGGGACAGACUUCCAGUGGAGUACAAACAGGCAGAAGCCACAGUGCACGAGAACUCUGCUACUAUACACAAUGUGGAGAAAUUUUCAGUGAACACUCAUAUUUCAAGACACAUGUGAAAACUCACAGUGCGUGGAACACCGGCCAUCUCACCCACUCAGAUCAUGAUGCAUCUGCUCAAGUGCACACCAUAAAAACGUACCCGUGUAAGAUUUGUGGAAAAGCCUUUGGACGGUCUUCAAAUCUCAACAGACACCUGCGAAGCCACACUGGAGAGAAACCCUAUGAAUGUAAGGAGUGUGGGAAAGCCUUCACUACCUACUCACGGCUAGUGGAACACUUUAGAACUCACACUGGAGAGAAACCGUAUAAAUGCAAGGAUUGUGGGAAAGCCUUUGCUAAGCGGUCAGGCCUUAUAACACAUAUAUCAACCCACGCUUCAGAGAAACCCUUUGCAUGUAAAGAGUGUGGGAAAGCCUUUGCUUCAUCCCCACGCCUUAGUCAGCAUAUAAGAAUUCACAGUGGGGAGAGACCCUACAUAUGUAAGGAAUGUGGGCGAGCCUUCCUCACUUCCUCAUACCUGCGGAACCAUGUAGGAAGAACUCACAGUGGAGAGAGACCCUAUAUAUGUGGAGAAUGUGGAAAAGCCUUCCAUUCUUACUCAAAUCUACGUAGACAUGUAAGAACUCACAGUGGAGAAAGACCCUAUAUAUGCAAGGAAUGUGGAAAGGCCUUCCUCAAUUCCUCAUACCUGCAUAACCAUAUAAGAAAGACGCACAGUGGAGAGAUGCCCCAUAUAUGUGGUGAAUGUGGGAAAGUCUUCCAUGCUUCCUCGUACUUGCGUAGACACUUAAGAACUCACAGUGGAGAGAGACCAUGCAUAUGUAAGGAAUGUGGAAAAGCCUUCCUCAACUCCUCGUACUUACGUAAGCAUCUAACCAUUCACACUGGAGACAAACCCUACGAGUGUAAGGACUGUGGGAAAGCCUACCGGAGGUACAAUCUGCUACACGACCAUUUAAAAACUCAUGAGGUUGAAAAGCCGUUUGAAUGUGAUGUAUGUGGAAAAUCCUUUCAGUACUUCUCAUACCUUACUAAACACAUUCGUAUUCAUACCGGAACAAAACCGUACAAGUGUAAGUACUGUGGGAAAGAUUUCACUACUUCCUCAAGCCGAACUGAACAUAUCCGGACUCACACUGGCGAGAGGCCCUAUGAGUGUACGGAAUGUGAGAAAACCUUCACUUCGUCAUCCAACCUCAUUCACCACGUAAAAAUCCACGCUAGAGAGAAACCUUUUGUUGAGACUGUAGGGAGGAAGCCUACGAUAGGUUUUCCCUACCAACUGAACACCAGUAACUCACGGUGAGCAGUCACUUCAGAUAGACGGAAUGCCAGAAACCCUUCAUCCCCCACGUCUUGGUUUUGUCAGACUGGGACUUACACUACUAAGAAGCCAAGGAAUGUGCAAAAGCCCCCAACUGUGACAGUUUACUCUGAAAACAUGAAAAGAGCUCAUGCUCAAGAUGUCCCAUGAAUUUAAGGAAAUAUUAAAGCCCUCGCUACUUCCCAGGACCUUACUAAAUGUGUGAGGCUUCCCAGUGAGGGAAUCACUGAGUAAGAGUGAUUUACUACAUAAAAGGUUGUAGUUCUCUUAAGUAUUUUAAAAUCACUUGUCCCAGCACUUGAGAAAACCUUUAUGAAGGUAAAGAAUGUUAGAAAGUAACGUGAACUUAAUUCUCGGUGUUUAGUAGCAUUAUAAUCCAUACCCAAGGGAAAUUAACUAUAUGGAAAUUGUAUCCAUGUGUCCGGAAGUGUGGUGUGCUGGCAGCAGUGAGGCCUGUUGGGUAAUACUUAUUUUGAACUUUUGUCCUGAUUCCUGUCCUGAUAGUCCUGGAGUUAUGAUACAUUUUCUUUCCUUCAAACAACACCAUUUCAUCUUGGUUGCUACAGCUUCUGGGUAGUAAGCUGUGUUACAAGGACUUUUGACUAUAAACAUUGUUUAAGUGGUAUAGACUCUGUUCUUGGCUUGCCAACUAUGAAACAUGCUGCUCUCUAGUAGCUUACAGAGCUGAGUUUCAUAAUACAGUCCCCGUGGUCGUUAAGAUGUCCUUGUUCCCUUUUCACAACAUUUAGAUGAAAGGUGACAUAAAUAAAUAAGCAAACAAGC